AUGAUGCGGGCACCGUCAUCGAAGACGACGGGGCCGCUCCCACUGAUUCCAGUGGGUCCGAUGGAGAGGACUGAGUCGCUGGACGACGAGAACGACGAGGAGAUCAGCCGAGCCGACUCGGAGGCGCUCCUCGAGAUUGCCGCCUGGCGGCCGCGGACCCUCGGCGACGAGGAGGACGUGAGCGGCGUGCAGGUUCAAGUGCCCUACUACAUCGAGGCGAUAGACCGAAGGCGCCGUCGGAAGAUGUGCGUCUGGUACGUCUUCAGAAUGACGAGUCUGGAUACGAACGUGGCAUCCGACGACAGAACGUGGUGGAACGCGAAGGCGGCCACCGAACUGUCUCAACUCUGCCGGCCUCGAAGAAGGCUGCGGAUGUUUCGCCGCGGUCCAGGUGCAAGAAGAUAUACCUGCUACGCUGUGAAGACCCUGGAGACGUUCCGCCAGGUCGUUGUGAAGGACCUCGAGUCGGAGACCUUGCUGAAGAGCAAGGUCCUGGCCACCGUCUCGAUCUCAGAGGAUCCCUCACAGGAUGCUAACCUCGGUGCGCUAGAAUCUGGCCAGGGCACAGAACAAGCUGGGCGGCAAUUGUCGAAUCCGAAGGACGAUGCUGUGCGGCAGGUGUCGAACUCGACGAUGCCCGACGACGCGCGCAUGGAGCCUGUUCAGCAGCUCGACGACGCUCGCGGAGAGUUCCAGCAGGUGCAGUCGGCGCAGACGCCGAUCAGCGCUGGGAGUGGUGGCGCGUCGAAGGUGACGCUGGUGCUGCCGUCGGCGUCAUCGCGGGCCCGCACACUCGCGAGCCCUGCGAGGCUGGCUCGGAAGGUCGCCCAGAAGCGCGGGCGGGGUCGAGCGGCCUUGGUGCCGCCUCGAUUCUUCCAGGUCCAGGGCAGCUCGAUCUGCGGCGUCGCGUUCGCACAUGCCAAGCAGGGCCGCAAGAACAUGCUGCGAGAGACACUGGUAGGCGCCGUCCACUUCGAGGGCCGCUUGUGUGAAGAAUUGUUGCGCGUGACUUCAGACGGCCUGGUCUAUUGCUUCACGCCUUAUGACUGCGACUCCUCGCGUGUCCAAUUCCACGUCGUCGAGAUACUGUGCACAGAGAGCGUGGAGGAGUUGAUGCUGGGCCGCUUCUACGUCUGGAAGGUGCACACGGUGCUUCGCGUAUUUGAGUUCUGCAGCCCAUCAGAGGAGCACAGGCAGGAGUGGCUUGACUGUCUCGAUGCCGAGCGGAAGCGGCUUGCGGCAACCGAUGGGCCAAAGCGUCGUCUGGUUCUGAAUGACCGCAUUCUCAUCUCAAGUAAUAUGCCGCCGCCCCCACCGGGCAUUGUGGAAGGCAUGCUGGAGUCGGUUCUGAGCCUUCCGGCCAAGCCCACCAUCGACGAUCUGAUCACAUUCCAGGAUUGCACCUCCAUGUUAAAGGCCGUCGACUUUGUGGGUUGGAGUCACUCCGAGGCACUGGCUUUCUGGAUGAAUGUCUAUCACUGUCUCCUGCUACACGGACGUGCCAUUCUCGGCACCCCGAAGUCAAAGGCCGAGCAGUCGCGCUUCCACACACGGGUCAGCUACAUGAUUGGCCCCUACGCUCUCAGUCUGUCCGAGAUCGAGAGGAUCAUGCUGCGAGUGCCAAGGCCAGAUCCGAAGGUGGAUUUUGCUCGAGACAAGGCAAAGCAGCGCGCACGACAGAUGCUCGGAUUCUGCGGCAUGUGCCGCCGAAGUGGAAGAGCCACCACGCCAGGGGCAGCAGGCGAGAGUGCCCGCAACGACGACGACGAUGACGACAUGGAUCCAGAUGAUCGCCCGUCGCCACGCGGCGGUGGCGGUGCCGGUGGCGUACUGUUCAACCGGGCUUGCAUGCCGAUGCCAACCGUCAAGCUUCCAAAGUUUCAUGUCCGCCAGGAAUCCACAGCCUGCCUCUUCCUCGGGAGGAUACCAGAGCGCCUCGAGGCCCCGAAGCUAGACCUGAAGGUGAUCUUGUGCCUGAACCGCGGGCAUCUGAGCUGCCCCAAAGCAGUCCCGGUCUUCCACGCGUCUCGGCUGGCGAGGGAGCUCGACGACGUCGCAAAAGCCUUUGUCGCCGAGUUCGCGAAGAUAGAAGAGACCGCCGAUGGCCAGCCUGUCAGGUUGACGCUGCCGCAGUUCAUUGGAGGUAUCAAGAAGGAGUUCCAGUCAGAAAGUCAGGAUGCCCUACUGAAGUUCUUGUGGCCAAUGGUGCCUCGCGAUGGCCAGGGGACGCCACCGCCGGCUGGCGUCCCGGUGAAGUUUAUGCGCCGCGACGAAGGGCCUCGCCCGCGCGUCGAUUUCACGAGGGGGGCUCAGGGAACCCUGAUCCGCCGAUCAGGGCUCGAUCAGGCCGAGACGUGCAUCUUCACCGACGCGUUCACCGACGAGAGUUUCCAGCAGAACCUUACGGCCAGCACCGAGAGCAGCGAGUUUUACUCUUUCUUCUUCUACCCCUACAAGCUCUACUUCAAGUUCCUCACCUUCCAUACGGGGCAGAAGACAUCAUGGCCCAUGACAGUCGCCAAUAAUAUGCGUGCGACUCGCCUCGGCUUCGCGACGGGCAUGAUGCGGGAGAUGGUCGGUGACGAGUUGCUGGCCCAGCCGAGUCACGAUGUUUGGCAGAACGCCACGGGAGAGCAGUUCGCAGCUGAGCCAGCAGGAGCGACAGUACUAUUGCAGAAUAUCCAACGGGAGUUCGGAAUGCAAGAGCACGAGAUGAAUAUUCAGUCGUUGGACGCCUUCUUCAUGCAUCACCGAGGUGCUCUGUCUCUUUCGGACUAUUUGACGAUGUGGAGAAUGACCGAUGACGAGGCUCACGCGAAUUCAGGAUUGGAGAUCAAUGACAUGGGAAAGUCAUAUUUGUUAUUACGCACCUCGGGCUUGACAGAUGGAUUGAAGGAUGAUACAAAGUUGAAGUUGGAUGGCAACUUAUCGCGUUUCGAGGAGCCCAUGCAGUUAUUGCAACGACUGGCCCACUCGGAGACGAACCCAGGCUCUAGCAUUCCCGAGAUGAUCAAGCAGCACUGGCAGGACACGGAAUGGCAGGAUGAUUCGUGGUAUUCGGACGAGUGGUACGACGACAGUGGUGAUAUCGACGAUUCCAAGCGAUUCUACCCUCCAGAAGAUCACGAAGACAAGGUCGACGGCGAUACUCCAAUGGACGACGGUACAGGUCUCGCCCAGAUUAAGAGGGCGAUCUUCAUGAUGAGCAACGGCGACACUUAUAGCAACAUGCACCUAGUACGUGGACGUGAGAUGGCUCGCAUCAUCGUGGAUCCUGGAGCAGCCGCCGGACUCAUGGGCACCGACGCGAUGAAGGAUUAUGUACGCACAUACCUGAAGGACGCUGGUCUUGAGUAUUCAUUGGAACUGAGCCACAGCACAUUCUCCGGCAUCGACGGCAACGCGGACCCUGGCCUGGCAUCCAACGCGGCCCUGCUCUGCGAUAUCUUGGAUCAUCGUGAUGGUGUUCUGGUUCUCAAGGUCAAGGUUGCUCACGCGAGCACUAAAGCAUAUUGCAUCAGAGUUUUCUUCGCGGACAGUGGUCACGAUCCCUUACCAGUUGUGCAGUUUGGACAGUAG